AUGCAUACGCGCUCUCUGAUAUGGCAAGAUACACUGGUAUCUUUGUGUUAUGAUCGACCGCCGGGAAUAACUGUCCUUGAAACCGUUCCAUUCCUGCCACCAGCAAUACCUGGGGACGAUCACCUAUAUACGUUUUCCGACAGCUGCCAUUAUCUUUUUAUGACUGCAAACAAGAUUGUGCAAGCUCUUGAUUAUGCCAAAUCUUCACAGCAACUAUUGCCUCCAGAGACAAUCCUUGAUUACCGAAGGGCUCUCAAUGCCAUUGAAUCUCGGUCUGUCCCUCAUGUACAAGAUAUCUCGAAGUGCCAAAGCAGAGACGACUGUAUUCAACACUACUUUUUCCGUACAUUUUCAGACUCCGUCAUGCUGUGCUUGUGCCGGCCUGCCGUUCUUGCACUUGACGGUCAACGUCAGGAUGAGCUCACCGAUAUCUAUCUGAGCCGUUGCCGCUCUGUUUUGCAAACGUACUUGGAGUUGUUGAAGUUGCAGUGUCCGAUACGAAAGUCUUGGCUGUUCGUUCACAUUACAUUGAGCUGCGCUCUUAUAUUCGGGAUGGCUACAAAACGCCAGAGUAACCCUCGAGACGAAGUUUUUCUGAUACAAUUUUUCAACACGUUAUCGCAAACAUCCAUUUGUACUGGCGUACCGGCUUAUCAAACAGCAUUUGAUCGUCUCAAAAAGCUCUUGGAUGGUUGCGAGUGA